AUGUAUGAGAUAUCUACUCCAUCUCCUGAAUUAAUCGCUCACCGAUUAUCGUUGAUCGAGGAAUUCCGCUAUGAUGCAUCCUCUAACACAUGCCAUUGGCCAUAUUACUUUCUACUUACUACAAAAAUUGAUGGUCUCUGGAGCAGAGAUCGAUUAGAGUCAGGUUUUCUAUAUUGCGAAAAGAUAAAUAGAAUUCUGAAUUUCAAUCUACCUCUGAUUCUGGCAGUCACCAUCACUGACAGAAAUCUGACGAUAUUCCUUGUGGAUGACAGAAGCUCGGGCAACAUCCUCUACGUAGACACGUUGAAGUUGUUAGGCAUCCAACAAGCAUAUUUGAAUCCAUAUAACAUAGGAGACCUAUUAGCUUUCAACGAAUCGAUGACUCAUCCUCAAGGAACAAUAGAUAUGACAUUGGCAAUUGGAUAA